AUGCCCCUCGACACAGCCGACACCUUCCCCACCGACACCGACACCGACCCCGACACCCCCACCAAAACCUACCCCCCUCCACCGCCCCUCGCCCCGCUCUCCUUCCUCCUCGGCUACACCCCCGCCGACCGCACCCGCUACACCACCCUCCAAGCCACCGCCACCUCCCGCCUCCUCUCCCUCCCGCUGACCCCCACCGAGCUCGCCGGCCUCGCCUACUACGACGGCAUCUUCUACGCCUACCAGUCCUACGGCGACGUCAUCGGCACCUCCCUCGGCGCCCUUCUGGGCUUCGCUCUCCGCUCCCGAAAGCCCGGCCGCAUCCCCACCGCCAUUGCUCGCAUCUUCAAUGUCAACCCCCGAUACGUCGCUGUCACGCUGCGUGUCGGCGUGUUUGGCAGCUUGGGCAUGCUCUAUGGCAUGACCACGGCUAGCGUGCAGGCGCUGAAUCGCAUGCGCAAGGAGCAGAAGGACGAUCCGGAGAUGGGGCGUGUUGUGGCCGCAAGGGCACGCAAGCUGAGUGCGCUUGAGCGGGAAGUGCGGGCGCGCGCGUUUGGUGCGCAGGAGGCGGGGGCGCAGCGCGGGGGGGAGGGGGAGAGGGAGAGGGAUGAGCAGAGUCUGGGCGGGAUGGAGGUGGCCGAGUACAAGCGGAGGAGCGAUGAGGAUGUGGUGAAUGCGGAGCGCACGGCGUUCCCGUUUGGGAGGCCGAGUGAGGCUGUUGCUGCGGCGCGGGUAGAAAGUCAGGGGGAGCGCCAGGGCGAGCGCGGGGACGACCCGUUUUUGCUUGCGGAUGAGAAGGAGGGGGCGGCGGAGGCGCCGGUGAGGGGCGGGUGGAGGAAUGCCCAUUCGAGCACUGGCGAGAGCACGUGGGAGCGGCUACGGAAGGGGCAGCGGCCGCAGCCGCAGCAGCAGCAGCAGGUGGAAGAGACGCAACCGCAGCAGACGUCGCCGUGGCCGCAGAGGGCGCCGAUGAAGGGGUUUGGGGCCCCGGCGGCAGGUAGCGAGCCGAAGACGGACUCGUUCUCGUUUAGUAGCACGGCGGAGGACCGGGAGCUGGCGAAGGCGCAGGCGCAGAAGGAGUUUGAUGAGAGUGUGGAGAGGGAGCGGAGGAGUGGCGGUGGGGAUGGGUAUAGUGAGGGGGAUCAGGGGAGGGCGGGGAGGUGGUAG